CAGGAUUGGCCGGUCCAGCUACAGCGUGCUCUUUCCUCGUGACUUCAUUACGAUUUACUUACGAAUCAAUCUCUGUGCGAUAAUAUAUGUUUUGCAAUCUGCAGAGUUUCUGUGCAGAAGCGCGACGGAGAUGAGUGGGCACGACUCCAGGUACUUCUCCACCACCAAGAAGGGGGAGAUCCCCGAGCUCAAGGAGGAACUCCAUUCGCAGUACAAGGAUAAGAGAAAAGAUGCAGUUAAGAAGGUCAUUGCGGCAAUGACAGUUGGGAAGGACGUAUCGUCACUCUUUGCUGAUGUUGUGAACUGUAUGCAGACGGAAAACUUGGAGCUCAAGAAGCUUGUCUAUCUGUAUCUCAUCAACUAUGCAAAAAGCCAACCUGAUCUUGCUAUACUUGCCGUAAAUACAUUUGUGAAGGAUUCACAAGAUCCAAAUCCUCUGAUACGUGCUUUGGCAGUAAGGACUAUGGGAUGCAUUCGUGUUGAUAAAAUAACAGAAUAUUUAUGUGAUCCAUUGCAGCGUUGCCUCAAGGAUGAUGACCCAUAUGUUCGCAAGACGGCAGCUAUAUGUGUUGCUAAACUCUAUGACAUUAAUGCAGAGUUAGUCGAGGAUAGAGGUUUCCUGGAUGCUCUCAAGGAUUUAAUAUCUGACAACAAUCCAAUGGUUGUUGCAAAUGCCGUUGCUGCUCUUUCUGAGAUACAGGAUAAUAGCAGUAGACCCAUUAUUCAGAUCAACAAGCAUACGCUCGCAAAACUUCUCACUGCACUUAAUGAAUGCACCGAGUGGGGUCAAGUUUUUAUUCUGGAUGCACUGUCCAAUUAUAAAGCAGCCGAUGCUCGUGAAGCUGAAAAUAUAGUAGAGCGAGUUACUCCUAGAUUGCAACAUGCAAAUUGUGCUGUUGUUCUCUCAGCUGUAAAGAUGAUCCUCUUACAAAUGGAGCUGAUUACCAGCACAGAUGUAGUUCGGAACCUUUGCAAGAAAAUGGCUCCUCCUCUCGUGACACUACUUUCUGCAGAACCUGAGAUUCAAUAUGUCGCGUUACGUAACAUAAAUCUGAUUGUGCAAAAGCGGCCUACAAUUCUUGCUCAUGAAAUCAAGGUGUUCUUUUGCAAAUACAAUGAUCCAAUUUAUGUGAAGAUGGAGAAAUUAGAGAUCAUGAUAAAGCUUGCUUCCGACAGAAAUGUUGACCAAGUCUUGCUAGAGUUCAAAGAGUAUGCAACAGAGGUAGAUGUAGAUUUUGUCCGGAGAGCUGUUCGAGCUAUUGGGAGAUGCGCUAUCAAGUUGGAAAGAGCAGCCGAAAGAUGCAUCAGUGUCCUACUCGAGCUGAUCAAGUUGAAAGUAAACUACGUCGUUCAAGAAGCUAUUAUAGUGAUCAAGGACAUCUUUAGAAGAUACCCAAACACCUAUGAAUCCAUAAUUGCUACACUUUGUGAGAGCUUAGACACCUUAGAUGAACCAGAGGCCAAGGCGUCGAUGAUUUGGAUUAUCGGCGAAUAUGCUGAAAGAAUUGAUAAUGCUGAUGAGCUUCUGGAGAGCUUUCUUGAAACUUUUCCUGAGGAACCUCCAUUGGUCCAAUUGCAGCUCCUGACUGCUACAGUUAAACUUUUCCUUAAGAAGCCGACUGAAGGGCCACAACAGAUGAUCCAGGUUGUUCUGAACAAUGCAACUCUCGAUACCGACAAUCCAGAUCUGAGAGAUCGUGCAUACAUAUAUUGGCGACUUCUGUCAACUGAUCCUGAGGCAGCAAAGGACGUUGUUUUAGCCGAAAAACCUGUGAUUAGUGACGACUCAAAUAAGCUCGAACCUGCUCUCUUAGACGAGCUUCUGGGCAACAUUGCUACAUUGUCAUCCAUCUACCACAAGUCGCCUGAUGCAUUCAUAACAAGAGUCAGAACCAUACCGAAAGCUGAAGAUGAUUAUCCUGAUGGAAAUGCAGGAUCUUCCGAAUCACCUGUCCAUGCAACUGAUAAAGGUUCGCUGACGAGACCUCCUACAGCCAGUAAUGCACAGCAUCCUUCUGGGGUGCAGCGGGCUGCUCCGCCUGCAGCACCCACGCCCUUGCCGGAUUUACUCGACCUGAUGGGUUCCGACAAGGACUCUGGCGCUGUUGUGGCUGCUGAGCAGCCAACUAGCCCUGCUGGGCCUCCCUUGCCGGUUCUAUUACCAGCAUCGGCCGGACAAGGGCUGCAAAUCAGUGCUCAGCUGGUAAGAAGAGACGGCCAGAUAUCUUACAGCAUGUUUUUCGAGAACAAGUCCCAGAUACCGCUCGACGGGUUUAUGAUCCAGUUUAACAAGAACACAUUUGGCCUUGCAGCAGGUGGAUCACUGCAGGUUCCCCAACUGCAACCAGGAUCGUCUGUGAGCACUCUUCUGCCUAUGGUAUUGUUCCAGAAUGUUUCACCCGGCCCACCGAGCACGCUUCUGCAGGUUGCUGUGAAAAACAACCAACAACCAGUAUGGUACUUCAACGACAAAAUUCCAUUCCUCCUGUUCCUUUCAGAGGAUGGGAGAAUGGAGCGACCCACAUUUCUUGAGACAUGGAAAUCAUUGCCCGAUACCAACGAGAUUUCGAAGGAAUUUCCAGACAUUGUGGUGAACAACAUCGAGACAACCUUAGACCACUUGGCAGCGUCCAACAUCUUCUUCAUUGCAAAGCGAAAGCACUCAAACCAAGAGGUGUUGUAUCUCUCAACCAAGAUUCCCCGAGGAAUUCCUUUCUUAAUUGAACUCGGUACAGCGGUUGGCAAUCCCGGCGUCAAAUGUGCAAUUAAAACACCGAGCCCAGAGAUGGCCCCGUUAUUCUUUGAAGCCAUUGAGGGUAUUCUCAAGUGCUAGUAAGUUUCUAUUUUCCCUGCUCUUUAAUUUUUGCCUGUUCUUUGAGGCCUUAUGGAUUUGUCCUCAACAAUUAAUAAGCUUAUGAAACUCCAUCCUUUCAAAUUUUGGUUAAGCAUUUGAUAGUGUAAAAAUGUUCUUAGCCAAUGAAGCUUUUUGGCUGUAGGAACUCCUAAACAGUAGCCUGCAAAGGAAACAUACAAAAUUGUGCAAAC